CCUGCAUGAGAAGCACCGUGGAACGUGACGGUCACUAUGCCGAGGAGAAAGCAGCAAGAGCCGCGGCGAUCAGCAGCGUACAUGCCCGAGGACGAGCUUAAGGCAGCCCCUCACGAUGAGGAAGAGCACCUGCAGGAUGACGGCCUCUCAUUAGACGGCCAGGACAAUGAGUUCCUGUGCAACGAGGAAGAGGAAGAUGUGGACGGAGGCCAGCCACCUAGCUACAGAGACUCACCACUCAGCAAUGGCACUAAUCCUGACGCCGGAUAUGGGUCUCCACUCAGUGAUGCCAGCGACCGACUCACGGACUUCAAGAGCACCUCCUCCACGGAUGGUCAGGAGAGGGAAGGCGCAGCUUUGCCCUUCCGCCCCAACAACGGCCUCUCUUUCCAGGAUAGCCUGGCGCAGAUGAAAGCCGUCUAUGCAAACCUCAUCUCAGAUGCCUCUUGGUCCAGCAUCACUAUGGACAUCAUGAAAUCUAAGCCCGCUGCGGCGGGCAGCGUCAACAGUGCCCUCACUACUCCGGAGCCCGCCUCUACUGCCUCUGCCUCCACAACCACAACCAUAAACAAGAGCAGUGGGGUCAACAUGGCUAGCAGUCAUCACAAUGGCAGGAGCUCCAGCACCACUGUCAACCACACAGGCGGCGCAAGUGGCAAUACUAAUGGCACAGCAGCUAGCUCUGUUGGCAGCCAUAGUGCAACCAGCAGCAGUGGGAGCAGCAGCGGUGUGGCUAGCAAUGGUAGCGGUGUAGCCUACGACUGGCACCAGGCGGCACUUGCCAAAACUCUUCAGCAGACCCCUUACCACCUUUUGCCAGAGCCCAGCCUCUUCAGCACAGUGCAGCUCUACCGGCAGAACAACAAGCUGUACGGCUCUGUUUUCACCGGUGCGAGCAAGUUUCGCUGCAAAGACUGCAGCGCUGCCUACGACACGCUGGUGGGUCUGACGGUCCACAUGAAUGAGACGGGCCAUUAUCGAGACGACAACAAGGACAAGGAGGAGGAUCAGGGGAAGCGCUGGUCCAAACCGCGCAAGCGCUCCCUGAUGGAGAUGGAGGGGAAAGAGGAUGCCCAGAAGGUGCUGAAGUGCAUGUACUGCGGCCACUCGUUUGAGUCUCUGCAAGAUCUCAGCGUUCACAUGAUCAAGACCAAGCAUUACCAGAAAGUGCCUCUCAAAGAACCGGUGCCAGCCUUGGCCACUAAACUGGUGCCCACUUCAGCUAAAAAACGAGCGAUCCAAGACGCUAUAGUGUCCCCGUGCUCCCCAGACUCUCUCCAUGCUGGUAGCGGUGGUGGCGGCGUAUCCCUCGGGGACGUUGGCAAAGAUACAAAAGCCGUACCUAACCCCUACGUUACGCCAAACAACCGCUACGGCUACCAGAACGGUGCCAGCUACACAUGGCAGUUUGAAGCUCGUAAAGCCCAGAUCCUCAAAUGCAUGGAGUGCGGGAGCUCCCAUGAUACACUGCAACAGCUGACUGCCCACAUGAUGGUUACAGGUCACUUUUUGAAGGUCACAAAUUCUGCAUCCAAGAAGGGCAAACAGCUGGUCUUUGAUCCAGUGGUGGAAGAGAAGAUUCAGUCUAUCCCACUGCCACCGACCACCACCAGACUCCCUGUCCCCAGUAGUGUUAAGUCCCAGCCUGUGUCCCCCGCCCUCUCCUCCGGCUCAGAGGAAAAGAGGGAGGGAGGUGAGGAUGAAAAGGUGGAUUGUGGUGAGUCAGUGGAGAAAAAAAUUAAGGAGGAGAAAGACGACUCAGGUGAAAAAUCUGAGACUGAUGCCACAUCAUAUAAAUAUCUUAGAGAAGAAGAUCUCGAGGAGACGCCCAAAGAGGGUUUAGAUAUUCUUAAAUCCCUUGAGAACACAGUAUCCAGUGCCAUCAGCAAGGCCCAGACAGGCACGCCCACAUGGGGCGGCUAUCCUAGCAUUCAUGCAGCCUACCAGCUGCAGGGUGCCAUGAAAAGCUCCGCUACUGUUCUGCCCCCAACUGUCCAGAGUGUCCAGAUGCAGCCGAUCUUUAACAGCGGGCUACGAGGCCUGGUGAGUGACCCCAACUCAGUCAUCCACUCGCCUCGGAGCCCGUCCUCCCCCACCCCCCUCAGGAGCAAUGUCACUGCCAUGGAGGAGCUUGUGGAGAAAGUGACAGGGAAAGCUGCCACUGUGAAGAAAGAAAAGGAGGAGAAGAUGGUGAGCCUGGAACGAUGCCGGCCCCCGUCGUUAGUAAAAUCCCCCUCCCCUGCACUGAGAGAGCAGAGAGAGCAAUUGGCAUCUCCAAAUGACCUCUCUAAGCCGUCAGGUAUGAGAAGUAGCAGCCCAGGCAGUGUAGAUUCAGAGCUCAUCUGCAAGAAGGAGCCCAAAGAGAGCCUAGUGGAUGGCCACAACAACCAUUCAAAGAACGGCUCUGAGGCCUGUCAGUCCCCUGUAACUAACGGCAACAGUCUUGGCAUCAUCACUGAUCACUCACCAGAAAUUCCUUUCAUCAACCCUCUCAGCGCACUCCAGUCAAUCAUGAACACACACCUGGGUAAGGCCUCCAAACCAGUAAGCCCGGCUGCAGACCCACUGUCCAUGCUUUAUAAAAUCAGCAACAGCAUGAUGGAUAAGCCAGCUUUCAACCCACCUCCUCAGGGCAAGCCAGCUGAGCCCAUCAACCACUAUCAGUUGUAUGAAAGCAGUGACCAGCCCAUAGACCUGAGUAAAAAUAAAUCCUCCACUAACAGCAACAACAACAAUAACAACGGCAGCAGUGCGCUCCUGACCAACAAUAGUGUAAAUGGUAACAAACCUCUCAUUUCCCUCCCUGACUCAGUCUCUUCUCCCCUGAGAGAGAACGCUCUGAUGGACAUUUCAGAUAUGGUAAAGAACCUCACUGGCAGACUGACGCCCAAAUCCUCAACCCCUUCCUCCAUUUCAGAGAAGUCGGACGCCGAUGGCAGCGCAUUUGAGGACGCCCUCGAGGACCUCUCCCCAGUGCAGAAGAGGAAAGGGAGGCAGUCCAACUGGAAUCCCCAGCACCUCCUCAUCCUCCAGGCACAGUUUGCCUCCAGCCUGAGGGAGACCCCAGAGGGCCGCUACGCCAUGACCGACCUGGGCCCUCAGGAAAGGGUCCACAUCUGUAAGUUCACAGGCCUCUCCAUGACCACGAUAUCCCACUGGCUGGCUAAUGUCAAGUACCAGCUGAGACGGACUGGGGGCACCAAGUUUCUCAAGAACAUGGACUCGUGCCAGCCUGUGUUCCUCUGUGGUGACUGUGCCUCCCAGUUCAGGACUCCCUCCUCCUACAUCAGCCACCUGGAGUCUCACCUGGGCUUCAGCUUGAAGGACCUGUCCAAACUGUCAGCUGAGCACCUACGGGAGCAGCAGGCUGCCUCAAAGGUGAUCACAGACAAAAUGACAUUCGGCAGCCCCCUGUCAGCCUUGACCACGCCAGAGGACGACACAGGCUCUGUGUACCAGUGCAGACUUUGCAAUCGGACAUUCGUCAGCAAACACGCAGUCAAACUGCACCUCAGCAAGACCCACGGCAAGUCUCCAGAGGACCACCUGGUGUUUGUCACUGCUCUGGAGAAACUGGAGAAGCUAGACAAGAUGGAGAAGGUGUAAGCGGGGUCUCGAGCUGAGGGUAGAGACUGACAGCUGUGGAACUGACUAGAAUUUCAUUGCACUAAAAUGACGUUGUUCACAGUUACUGCACUGGGCCGAACUGAGCCGCCAGAAAAAAAUCAGUCUUAUAGUUUUUUGUUGUGAUAACUGCCUGACUGGACCAUGUCUUUUCAUGUUGAUUUGUUUUUGUUUUGCCAAGCUUUUUUACACUUAUUUUGUAAUAUAUUUAUAUGCUAUUUGUCUGAUCUGUGCAUGUAUUUUAGUGAAUCAAGGUUAAACACAAGAUUUUAAUCUUUUCAUGGCAAAAAUACAACUACUGCUUCAAUGGUAAAAGUGGUGAGUGGAGAGAAUUGGUGGAAGAGAAAACUGUAUAAUACUUGAUAUGAAGAAGGUGAAAAUUAAAUGUAUACACCAAAAGAAUGAAAGAAUACCCUGAAAGACUGAAGUAGCACCUUAGACAGCUGAAUUUUUUGAAUUUGUAAAGAGAACAUGUUUUGAAAUAUCUUGCAUUUGUCAAAAUCAGAUUGAUUUUAAAAGAUCAAGGAUUAUCAUUUCUCCCCCCGCCCACCCCC